CUCUGGGCGGUCAACUCAUGGCCCAGGCAGAGGUGCGUGAUGACAUGAUUCUAGGGCUUUGCGCGGGCAGAGAAGGACGUGGUAGCACUGCAUCCAGAGCACCUGCUGGAGCAGGCGAUAGCAAGCACACCUCUUCUUUUUACUUCCGUCUUGUCAUUUCCCAACCAACCAACCCCCCCACCCUCUUCCCUCCCUCCCCCGUCUCCUCCUCCUCCUCGCAGGGCUUUGCGCGGGCAGAGAAGGACGUAGUGGCGUUGGACCCAGAGCACCUGCUGGAGCAGCAGGGCCUCCUCGAGUUCCCCAUUCUCAGCCACGGCACCCGCUCCCCAAUCGUGGGCAGAGGCAGCAGCGGCGGCAGCAGCAGCAAGCUGCUCACCCGCUUCAGCAGCAUGACGCGGAGGCAUAGUGACAGCGGGGGAAGUCUGAGACUGAGUGAACUUGGGAGUGUGAGGAGGGGGAGCAUGGCAAACGAAGGAGAGGAUGAGUUUGAUAGGAGCAGUGGUGUGGGUUCCUUAGAGGAGUUUGACAGUACGAGUGAUGUGAGGAGGCCGUUUUACUGCUGUCUGCAGGUGAUCUCAGAUCCUCUGGCACACAGUGCGAGCAACGGGCUGUAUGAGGAGUUCACUCUGUCCUUCGUGCCCCCUGUGGCCAUUCAAAACGGGCUGCCAUACGACUUGGAGGCAUUUGUGUGGGAUGUGGAGUGGGGCACGCGGCACAUCGUCUACGUGCCUUCUGGCGAGUCCCGAGACCUCUACCACGUCAGCCUGGACCACACGCUGCAGAUGCACAUCGCGCUCUUCGUGCCAGGAGGGGAGUACAGAACGCGCCGCCGGUACCCCAUCCACUUCCCUCCCAACCCCCUGCUCCAGAAGCAGUUUGGCAGCCGAGCCUUUGCUUACGACGUCCGCACUCUCCGCCUGGCAGUCAAGUGCCGCCUCUUCCCACAGCACUCCCCUGCAGCCUCGCCCAUCACCCUCUCCAUCGACAACCGCCACAACUGGCAGUCACGCAACCGCAGCAUUUCUUUGCUCGCGCACUACUGGGUCAUCAACCUCACCAAGUUCCGCCUCAAGCUUUCCACUGGAUCCUCCCAGAACCCUCUCGACUGCCCGCGCUAUCAGGAGGGCCAGCCGGCCCUGCUGAAUGUGCGCCGCGGGGCGAUCACUGCGAUCAGCUUGGAUGGGUUUCAUUGGUCGAAGUCGAUCUCGAUAGAUUCUGUCGGGAUCAAGGGGUCGGUUGCGGUUGCAGGGCCUGCGUCCACAGCGUCACAGCACCACCAGCAUCACUCACACCCAGAUCAUGAUUUGAUGCGGCCGCAGACGACCGAGGAGUGGGAGAACGUGGUUCAGCUGGAAGCUCCUGCUGGCGCUCCCUCCCGCCGCACCACUGCCAUGUCACCUUUCCCAGCCCAUUCUCUGAAUGGACCAAGUCGCGCGCGCAAACCAAGGCGCGCGCGCGGGACCGAGUCGCGUGCGCGCACGGACCGAGUGGCGCAAGCGCGCAGACCAAAAGGCGCGCUGCGCGCGGACCAAGUGGCGCGCAGCGCGGACCAAGUGGCGCGCAGCGCGGACCAAGUAGCGCGCGCCGCGCGCGGACCAAGUGGUGCGCGCGCGCGGACCAAGGGGCGCGCCCACGCGGACCAAGGGGCGCGCCCCACGCGGACCAAGGGGCGCGCCCGCGCGGACCAAGGGGUGCGCGCGCGGACCAAGUGGCGCUCGGCGCGCGCGUGCGGGACCAAGUGGCGCGUGCGGACCAAGUGGCGCGCUGCGCGUGCGGACCAAGGAGCGCUGCGCGCGUGCAGACCAAGUAAUGCGCGAGCGCGCGGACCAAGGGACGCGCGCGCGCGCGCGGAACAAGAAGCGCGCGCGCGCGGACCAAGUGGCGCAAGCGCGCGCACCAAGGAGCGCGCGCGCGGGACCAAGUAG